AUGGCCAUGACGGACGAGACAGACGACAGCGGGGGCGUCAUCCUCGAUGGCCCCUUCGAUCCUGAUGCCCAAGCAACCGUGACGGAUUUCAUAGACUAUACCGAAUAUCUCCCCGCCGACCUCAUCCGCUCGUUGACCCUCAUCCGCGGCCUCGACGAUCGAUACCUCGACUCGGCGCAGGGAGUGCACCAGCUCACCCAAAUAUAUGGUCAACUCCCCGGGCUUCCAGCGGACAAUCGACCGGGCGCCAUCGAGUUGCGCAAAGAUAUCUCACUUCAAAUGGAUCGCGCGAUCAAUGCGCGCGAGUCGGCGUAUGCCGAGGCCUGUCGGCUGUACGACGUCGUGGAUCGCGACUUCGACCGACUGGGUUGUAUCCGUCAGAAGCUGGAAGCACUUCCCAAACCACCAUCAUCGGAACCGUCGCCGGCCCCAGAACCCACACCCAAGCGUGCGCGUACCAACAAGAAGCCAGAAGGAACUAACCCGACGCGUAUCACCCUUCGCGUUGAUAAUCGCAGACCUAGAGAUCGCAAGAGGAGAAAACACCAUAUGGGUCUUGAUGGAGCAGGCUUUGACCCUGACUCCCCAAUCGCUAGUACGGAGCAAUCAGAUGCGGAGACCGAGCUCAACACAAUUAUGCCCAAGCCAUCCAGACCGAAGAAGGAAAAGCCACGCCGUCAAAGUUCGGGCAAUGGACAGUCCACUGCUCAAGCUCUAGCACAGUUGAAACCACCACCUGAUGAUGCGAAGUUGGGUAGCGAGGACCUGCCAUGGUUGCGGCUGACCGAAUGGGAAAUGACACGACUGCGAAAGAAGAUGAAGAAGAAUGCUGUAUGGCAACCCAGUGAGGUAAUGAUUCACCGCGAGCUGGCUCUUGCAAACCGAGGAUGGGAAGCCUAUAGGUUAGCCAAGGCUCUGGCGGAAGAGACAGGCGCGGAGUUCAUUGACUGCGACAACAUUGAGCAGACUCGCCGGGGUGAGGCUGCCAAGGACCUGGAAGAAACGAAACUGAGCAACCGCGGAAUGAAACUGAACGAAGCAAAGAAGUUGAAGCGCGAACAGUUGGCUCGUGAACAAGCUUUGAUGGAUGGCGAUGGAGUAUUGCCCAAGGCUAUACAAAGCCCUGCUCAGCCAACACCUGCCGCGAACCGGUCUUCACGGAAGAGAAAGAGAGAGGAGGCUAUGGUUGAAGAGCCUGAAGCCGUGCUGCCUGAGCCUACUCCAGUACCAGUCCCUGCACCGGCCCCAGUUUCUGCACCCGCACCCGCACCUGCGUCAGCGCCAGCACCCGCGACCUCUUCCCGAUCUGGCGCUCGACGUAGAUCCAGUCGAGGAGCCGCCAUGGCCACAGAAGCCAGUAAUGAAACCGUCUCUCCGAUCAAGACUCGUGUCUCUCCUCCCGCCGAAGCCCAUGUUUCCCCUCCCCUCCCCAGUCCCACUGGUUCCCGCCGCUCCAAUCGAUCAUUCGUCCAACCUAUUACCACACCUACUCCUCCCGUGACCCGACCCUCCUCACGGCGUUCAGCAGCGGCUGCAUCAAUCGAGGCAGGCGCCUUAAGUGGAAUCCAUGCCGCUUUAGCAGCCAGUGGACGUGACCAGCGCAUCAAGAGCGCAACACCUACCCACAAAGCUCAGAUUCGCGAAUCAUCACAUGCCCCGAGCGUUCAAGGUCCUGUUCGUAGACGAAAGCGCCCUGCACCAGGUCCCAUUUCUUCUGGCCAGGAUGGUGGAGCAGCGGUGAGCUAUGGACGCCGAAAGGCCAAGCCAGGAAAGAAGCGCAUUAACCUCCGUGAUUCUCAGGAUGUUCGGGUUGACGAGGAUGGCGUACUUGAGCAGAUUGAUGUGAAUGAGCCUCGAUACUGUCUCUGCGGAGAUGUCAGUUUUGGGACAAUGAUUUGUUGUGAGAAUCAAGAUUGUGAUCGCGAAUGGUUCCAUCUGGACUGUGUUGGUCUCACGGAAGUCCCCUCGCGCACAGCCAAGUGGUACUGCCCUCAGUGUCGGGUCAAACUUCACAAGGGAGAAGACGGUAUUAUCAAGGGGGGAUCACGACGUUAG